AUGGACGCCACCGAGCUCGGCCGCUGGACCCGCUUCGCCGCCAAGGGCGGCAUCGGCAAGUGCACAGCGCUGCAGGACUGUGUCGCGGAGGAGUCGGAGGAUCUCAUGUUCAUGAAAGACGACGAGAUAACCGUGCUCAUGCGUCUGCCAGAGAAGGAUGACCUUUAUCUCGGUUACUGCGAAGGUGUCGUAGGCCGUUUCAGCGGCUCGGACGUGCAGUUCCACAGCCGGCUGAAGAAGCCCGUCAUUGCCAAACGUUCCUCCUCGCUCGCCUCCACCCGCUCGCGCCGCUCCUCCUCCCAGAGCGCAACAGCGCUCUCCGCGCGCGACACCGCGUCCCCCGCGCUCGCCGCCCAGCUCACGCACAGCUACUCCAUGUCCACCGUCUCCUCCUCGGGCUCCCCGCGCGCCCCGCGCUUCCCGCGCUCCGCGUCCGCAUCCGCCUCGCCGUCCCCGCACGCCUCACCGCUCCGCGUGCAGAGCGCGCUGCAGGACGAGGACCGCGCGCGCUCCGCCAGCCACUCGUCCAUCUCCACCGCCCUCGAGUCCGCGCCGAUCUCGCCCGCGGACUUCCCGCGCGACGAGGUGCGCGUGGCGAGCGCGGCGAGCUCCCAUCACCCGGGGUCGCCGGCCAUACGCGCCCCCGCGCUCUCGCCGCUCGCGCUGCCGGAGGAGCCCAGCGCGAAGCGCAGCCCACUCACUCCCGACACCUUCAUCGACACCAAUACGCGCGAAGCGACGGAAGAGCCCAGCGAGAACGUCUCGCUCCGUCUGCACGACGAGUCGUAUUCGGUUUACGACGAGACGGACGCGAGCGCGCGGAUAUCUGUUGCGCUUUCUGAUGGGGAGCUCGGGAUCGGGCUCUCGCUCUUGCAAGAUUUCAUGGGCGGACACGACGGCUCCGGCUCCGGCUCCGGCGACGACGCCAGCUUCGCGAGCAGCAGCCGGCAGAGCGGCACCGAGACGCCGCCCGUCGAGGAGCGCACGCCGAGUCCCAGCACGAGUCCCAACACAAGCGCGGGCUCGCCGCCAGACGCACCGGCCCCCCGCACGGACGUGGACCGCCCCGCGCGCGCGCUAUCGCAGUACUCGGCGUCCGCGCUGCCGCCGUCGCCGUCGCGCGCGUCACUGCGGCCGUCCCUGCACGACUCGGAGGCGGGCGGCUCGGAGUGGGAGGGCGCGUCGGACAUCUACGACAACUACCGCUACUCGCGCUUCUCCGUCGCGUCCCGCGCGUCGCGCAUGUCCAAGGGCUCGCUCCUCUCGCUCGCGUCGGGCCCGGCGGUCCCGCCCGUCCCGCCGGACCUGCACGGCCCCGUGCGCGAACGCCCGUCUGGAGAAUUUGGAGAGCGGGUGGGGAGCGGUGGGCCGUCGGUGGAGUCGUUCAGAGAGCGGACGAGGUCGGGCUCUGGCUCCGCCGGCCAAUCGUCAGUCGAUCCCGUCGUUGAUCACCCGCCGCUGAACGUCGUCAACGCAUCUGAGCGCGCGGCGAGGGCGAAGCCGUCGCCGCUGUCGCUCGUCAGCGAGCCGUCGCCGUUCCCGCUGCUGCAUGCUGCGUUCGGCUCGCCGGCGCAGUCUCCGACGCCGGGCUCGUCAGAGUCGUUCGCGUCGACGUUCCCUUCGGCUAUCUACCCGGCUGGCGCUGGCGGUGCGGCGUCUGCUGCGAGGCAGAGGCUGGAGUUGGAGCGCGGGCCGCGCACGAUGAAUCCCGUUGUGCGGGAACGCGAUGAGGAAGCGGUGCGGGCGGACGACCGGAAAGCGUUUGGCCGGAACAUCGUCGCCGAGGAUGAUAAUUCCGUAGAGCCGAGUUCAGCCCCGCCGCCCCCGUACACGCCCUUGUCUCCCCAUCCACCAUCUCCCCGGCGUCUCACGCCGUCCCCGCUCUCGCCAUCGUUCCCGCACCAACCCCCGCAGAACUCCCAGAGUAAUCAGAACAACACGCCGCCCGCUGCCCGCCCGCUCAAUUCACCAUCUCCCCAACCCCUCGCGCCAUCUCCGCUCUCACCAUCAUUCCCCCGCCAAACCUCGCAGAGCUCCCAGAAUAACCAGAACAACGCACCGCCCACUCCCCGCCUGCUCAACUCGCCCUCUCCCCAAAGCCUGGCCUCAUCCCCGCUCUCACCGUCGUUCCCUCACCAACCCCCGCAGAGCUCCCAGAGUACCCGGAACAACGCAUCGCCCGCUCCCCGCCCGCUCAACCUUAACCGCCCGCCUCCGUCCCCAAACGCUCGCACGAGCCUCUUCCUCCCCCACCCCCACGCCCCGAAACCGACGCACUCGCCCGCAGGGCCACUAUACGGCCGCCAGCCCGUCCCCAGCCCCAGUCAUUUCCCGUCCCAUGUCGGCCCUCCCCCUGGUUCGGUCGUGCACGCGCUGCAGCUCGCGCUGAGCACGGGGCGGCCGCGGCAGACGACGAUCUACGGGCUGUUCGAGCACGACCUCGCGAGCGCCGUCGGGCCCGUGCCGAUCUCGUUUGGGCUCGAGCCGCAGAUGAACGUGCCCGCGCACAGGCCUGGGGUGUCGCGCUCGCUGCGGGGAUCGCUGGUGAGCUCUCCCCCGCUGCCUGCGGAGGCGGCGGAGAGCGAGCGCGCGAUGCCGCAGACGGCGGAGACGGGGGCGGAGUCGGAGGGGCCUGCGAAGGCCAUACCGCGUGCGAACUUCUUCCCGCAGGUGAGCACGGUGCGGCCGCGGUCGCGCUCGUUUUCUGGGUUCGACACGCCGUUCGAGCCGGGGGCGCUGCCGAACGAGCGGAGCCAAGAGGAAGGCGGCUUGCGUGCAUCCUCGCCCUCGAUGCCGAUGCUGACGAAGCGGUCCAAGUCUGCGCUCGCGGCGGUGCCGAUGGCGCCGGUGUCCCUCCCUGCGCCGCAGCGCGCGACGGUCUCGCAUUCCGCCACGGUGGUGCGCGCUGUGCAUGCGCCGUCGCCGCUCUCGCUCUCGCAGAACAACGUCGUCGCUGCGUAUCCGCACGCGCCGUCGCCGCAGCCAUCCCCAAAUCCGUCCCCAAAUCCGUCAACGAGAUCCGCCGUCACCUCGCCGGUUGCACUCUCACCGCCAGGAACGCCUGUUGCUGCUACUUUACAGCAAGGUGGAUCCGGUGGUCCUCAUGCUAAAAGUGCCGCUGCCGUUGCCGCAGAACCCGUCAUGCCUCCGCAUUCGACGAUCGGAACGAUCCUUGAGGACGAGCGUGCCCCACGGUCUUCGCUCACCCCGAAGUUCCCACCGAUAAAGGCGAAUUCCGUGCCCGUCAUCCGACACAGCAAGUCGUUUGUGACAUCAAGUCCGGGGAAGACCACCACCGCCGCGGAGCUGCCGCCACGGAGCAUGUCGUCGCAAGGGCGCCGAUCGGGCGAAGAUGCAAAGCGGGUGGACGACAUGGUGUCUAUCAUGUCCAGUUUAGCAUCCGGCCCUUCUCGGCCUACCCAAGGACUGUCGCGAAUAUCGACAUCGACGUCGGCGCUGCGGGUGCAGUUGUUGCAGCACGAAGAACGCAGUCCCUCGUCGAGCGUGCGCUCGUUCGAGCGCGAUCAGAAGACGGUGCAGGUGGAGGACAUGGACUUUGAGAUGGUCAGGCCCGGGAUACCGCAGUCGCCGCUCGCGGAAAAUAGCGUGGACUCGCUGCCCUUGCCCAGUGCGCUGCAGGAGCGCGCGAACCCGACGUCUGGGGAGCUCCCUGCACCGCCGCCGCCGAGCCCGCAUGCUGUGGUGAGAACGUCAUAUGUAGAUCAGGCUCCACCGGAGUCCAGGCCGCACAAAGUGAUGGACGCUGCGGACAUCGAGGCUCAUCGCCAACGGGAACUGAGGUGGAUCUCGACGAUGUCAUCCGUGUCGCCCUCCCAGGCACGGAAGAGCAAGAAGGUCCGCAAGAUGGUGUUGGAAGGCGUACCCGCGUCCGUUCGCUACCUCGUAUGGGCGCACCUGACGGACAGCAAGGCGAAACGCAUGGAGGGCCUAUAUACGCGGCUGCUCCAACGGGAAAAGGUAGCCGCGUCUGCGGACAUCGAGCGCGAUGUUCGCCAGCUUUCUGUGCACCUGCCGGUGAUGCAUGAUGAUUCUCUGAUGAAUGUCCUCCAAGCGUAUCUGUCUAUGGUUCCAGAUAUACAGUAUUCGCGAGGUCUCUGUUCCAUCGCAAGCCAGCUCUUGUUGCUGUCGCCCGAAGAAGAUGCUUUCUGGACUUUCAUCUCACUUAUGGACACUCAUCUGCGUCCCUAUUUCUCAUCCAACGCUAUACAACUGGACGUGGAUGCUGCUCUGUUUGGUAAGGCUGUAGAAGCGAAUGAUUCUGCGUUGGCGAAGAAGAUUUUCCUCGAUAUGGCAGUCUCACCUAUCAGCGUGUGCAGACCAUGGUUUACGUCUCUGUUUGUCGGUGCUCUUUCUCCCGAGUACUUCCAUCGUGUUUGGGAUGUAUUUCUGUUUGAGGGAGUUCCGUUCUUAUUCCGCAUCGGUAUCGCGUUGUUAACAUGCUGUCGUCAAUUGCUACUCAAAUGUGCUGGACACGACCCCCUGUUCGCUAUUCUAUCGCAUCCACCCGCUAAUUAUUUACCUCGGACUCCGGACGCCCUGAUCGAUCUCGCACUCUCGGUGAAGCUGAAGGACGAAGAUAUACGCAAGCAGCGCAGCAAACUGGAAGCGCAAGUGAAACGCCAGACCCAGUCUCGCGUUCUGUCGUCAGCGCUCCCAGCUGGCAUCUCCGUCCCCGCCAUCUCUCUUCCGAGAAGCUAG